CCAUCAAGUAUUGGUCCGCUUCAUUAAUGGCGUAUAGCCGGGAAUGAAGAUUAUUUUACCUCUUUCCAAAUAUAUUUUGUAAAAUUCGCUUAAUUAUAAUUAAACAAAAUUACAAAGUGCAUCGACGGCCACAUAAAGUGUAAUCUAGUGCAACCGAAUUUCGCCCAUUGAACAGUGAAAUGAUCCGAAUUGCAAAUGGCUGUCAAAAAAAAUUUAGUAGCUGUUUCAAAGAGUCAAGAGAAAAAAGUUUUGCAAAUUGAAGGAAUAAUUUCGAAGCUAAAAUGGAAAAAGACAUUCAAUUGAAGUAGUUGGACAGAAUUGGUGUCGGUUUACGUUUACGUGUGAACAAUCAAAGUGAUUUUUUGUUACAAAAAAAAAAUAUUUUUGAUGCGUUUCCCCUUGCUUAUAAAAGAAAAGAAAACCGAAUUUCCCAGAACGAAACGUUAUUUUCCCGUUCCGUUUGUGAACAACUAACAUGGUAGAUCCGUUCCAAGUAUUGGAUAAUGGGAAUACUUUAUCUGGCACUAAUGAAAAUCAAAUCCUUCUAAGACUCAAACAAAACAUGAAUGAAGAAUCAACAAAUUUGAGAAUAUGCAAUGAACCAACCGACCAUGCAACCAAUGACGAAGAGAAAAAAACCGUUGACUUCGAUGCACCGAGAGCGGAUACAAACGACGGCAAUGUUGAUCAAACGGUCGAACCGGACAAUUUGGAUCAGCUGAAAAUGGGAGUACCAUUGAACCAUCAAUCCUACGAACUAAAUCAUUUGCCGUAUCACAGUAACAGCAACAAAAAUGAACAAAACUUCAGCGACAAUUUGGAUAAACCGAGUGCAUAUUGUGUCAGUGAUAAUUCUGAAUCGGAAUCGGGUGUGUUGGACGCUGAUGCCGAUUUCCUGAUAACACGUCCCGUUCAUGAACCAGUGAACAGUGAAACGUUUACAAAACAUUUUGAACUUAGUGUGAGUAGUAGCAGUAGUAGUUGUACUUCAAAUAUAAAUUUAUGUGACACAGAUCCGUCGAAUCAAAGUCAACAAACAGCAACAGUAACAACAGUCAAAUGCAAUAGUGUCAAUAGUAGCAAUUCCACUUUAACAACAAAUUGUGGCAAUCUAAGUGAAUCUGUAGCCGAUAUGGAAACGAUAAAGAGUUACGAUAGUCCCACGUCGACCACGACUGAUGCACAGGAGACGCCAGCGGACAAUCGUCGAGUGGAACCGCUGAAAAUCAAUUUGCACCGUGAACCGAUCAAAACGAUAAUCAAAAUUCCGAAGCACGUGCCCGACGAAACGAUCCCCAAAAUCACAAUCAAAUCCAUCAAAUUACCGCACACCGGCGUCUGUGACGAUGAUGUGCCCAAGCACACGUUAGUCGUUGAUUCGUCGGUGUCGACGACAAGCAGCAGCGGCCAAAACUGUUCGUCAUUCGAUACGCCCAGCGAGCCGCACGUCAUACCAAAAUUAACCAUUCGGAAUUCCGUCAAUUCGUUUGGCAUUGCCGGACAGAGUGAAAUUGUUCCUAAACUGACCAUCAAAAUGGACAAUCACAUAGCGUCAUCGCAGGCGAAUAACAAAGACAAAACGAUCACCUCCGACGAUGGCAUCAAGCUGACAAUAAAACCGAUUCUAGAGCCGCCCAUUCCCAAGCUGACGAUCAAAACGAAUUCGAAUGAUUGCGCGGAGGUGGUGAAUAAUACGAAUGCGUCCAAAUUUUCGAUAAAUGUCAGUCCCAGCAGUCCAUCGUCGUCAUCAGCUGCUAUGAAUAAACUAAAUCGAUCCGCCACCAACGCAUCCAAGUCGGAAAGUAUUGUGCCGAAAAUCAAAAUCACCAAGACCGAUCCUUUGGGCGAAGUUCCUCAAUUUACCAUCGCCAAAUCGGACGAUGUGUCGACGAAAGACAAUGUGGUGAAAAUGGUGCCGAAAUUGGUGGUCAAAUUGCCCAAAGAAAGUGACUCCGAACAAACAAAAUCCAAAUCGUACGACGAGAGCGAUGCAUCCGAGCCGGCAGUCGAUGAAAUCGUGCCAAAGAUUACGAUUCGACAAGUUAAACAGCCAUCCGAACCCGUGUCAAACGAAAACAUUAUCAUACCCAAAGUGACUAUCAAGCCAAUCAUCAAUCCAAACAAUGAGUCAAACGAUUCGGAACCGUUGGUCACACCGAAAAUCACAAUCAAACCCAUCCCGAAACCGUUGGACAUAACACAGCCGUUAGAAAUUGUGACAUCAUCGCCAACGACUGCCAUAAAAUUGUCCGAAUCGUCAACAAAUGAAAGCCAGCAAUCGCCUCGUAUUAUUUUGAAAAUCAACAAAACGACGUCGGAAACGAUAUCGAAAUGUGCGACUGACGUGGAGGACAGUGGUGUGACAGUGAUUCAAAAAGAUCUUAUGCCCAACAAUUCGAUAAGCAAAAAACCAGCAAUCCCAUUUCCAACGACAGUUUCAACGGUCGAAAAUGAACUGAAGCGAACCAAUUCCGUUAUUCACACUCCGGUAGAUAACAAACGGCUGAAGUUGGAUCCAUGUCUGAAUGCAGCCGAUGAAAUUAUCAAUUUAGAUUCGGAUGAGGACAAUGUCAGCGAACCGAUGGAAGCCGCUAGUCCAAAAAUAGAGUCGAAUAAUCGACAUGAAGGCGAACAAUUACAAUCAAUUCAACAUCUCCAGCCGUCUAUUCAGCAUGACACGAUAGCAACGCAACAAAAUGAAACAACGACGACGACGAUCCUAACGAUGCCAGUGACUUCUGCUGUUACAGCCACUUCGAACACAGCUACGGUGAUACCUGCGACGACGACGACGACAUCAACACCGCCGAUAAUGACCCAAAAACACAAUUCAAACAGUACCGCCGAAAAUAUCAAACCAAAACUACCAUUCCCGGGAAAUUUUUUCCUCAGCGAAGAUGUGCGACCCGAAAUUCCUCAUCCACUGCUGACGCACAACAUUGAACGCGCUAAAUUGUUAGUUAGCAUGAUGAAUGCCAAUGCCGAUCCGCCGAAAGACGAUCAAACCAAAGGCAAACGUCAAAAUGUUAUCAUACUCAGCGAAGGAUCCAGUUCGGACUGCAUUAUGCUGGGCGACAAUGGGACAUCGUUGCCGAAUUCCAUUGAUUUUGGUGUGAGCAAUUUAAAUGAAAAUGGCCAGAAUAAUGCGGAUCGUGACUCGGGUGUGGAUGUUUCGAAUUCGAUUAAGUCGGGCGCUGACGAUGUACUCGAGGAUGUUACACCGGUCAAACGGGGUAGAGGCCGACCGAGAAAGGAUGUGGCUACACCUGCUGUUGCGCGGAAAAAGGCUGAAGAGAAUCAAACAACACCACGACAAUUCGCCGGCGUACUAAUGCCGCCCGAAAAUCCACCUACUGAUCCGAAUACUCCACAACCUCCAAACAGUCCAAUGAAAUCGGGUCGAAAGCGUAGAAUACGGAUCGACGAUGACGAUGAAUCGCCAACGUUCAAUCCACUAGCACGGGGAAUACGACGUGGACGAGGUCGAGGCGGUCGAGGAUCACGAGGCGGACGAGGUAGUUUGCGAAAGCAAAUGCAUCGUUCGUUAAUGGCUUCGCCGGACAAGUCGGGUGGUGAAGCUUCACCAUUCACAUCGCCAGAUGCCAAGGGCCGACGAAAACAAAUAUUGAAAGAAAUCUCAACGCCAAGCCUACAAGUAUUUGAGGAAGAUACACGAAUGAGCGCAGAUUUAACGUCGCCCAUCACGAGAAACUUGGAAUUCCUUCAAAAUGAAGAGUCACAAAGCUCACUUCACAGCAGCAUAAGUGCAGCCGCUAUGAAUGAGGGCAGUACGACCUGUCCGGGAACAGCGAAGAAACGUGGAAAAAUCGAAGUGGUUGAUCCGGAAGGACGCACCGAAUUCACCGUCGAAAUGAUAGCCGAAUAUGACUGGCCACCGCCGAAAGGUUGUUGUCCGGCACGUAAUCGUGACACGUACAUGAUACAGGAACAAGUCGCCGAGUAUUUGGGCGUGAAAUCGUUUAAAAGAAAAUACCAAGAACUGCCCCGACGAAUGGUGGAAAUGGAAGAGCGAAAUUAUUUGAUGGAAAAGGGAUUGGUGUCGGAGAAAAUGUGUGAUUUAGGUUUAACGGCUGUUUUAGCAUCGGAUGUGCUAGAUAUCAUGCACAAUGAUUUCUACGAAAAAUACGAGGAGUACAAACGGUUUCUGCGGGAGAAACACAUACGAGAUCUGGCGGCGAAACAGAAGGCUAUGCAAGCGGAAGCGGUCGAAAAGAAUCUGAGUGCAAGGGAACAUGCUAUACGUGCUGCUUCUCUAUGGAACAUUAAUUUCAAUAAAUCUCGAAAAGAGGAUCGACGGCAGUGUUUAGACCUUCAGAAUUUCGUCAUAAAUCUUCCCGAAACGGUUAGACAGAAACUCACCCGUCCUUCACCUGCCCCAUCUCAUUAUCCUAUAGCUCUUGUGCCAGGACAAUUCCAAGAUUUCUACAAAGAGUACACUCCGGCUGAAUUGAUUUGCUAUCCAAUCAAUUCGGCACUGGCCGAUCCCAUCGAGUUGAACAAAAAGUUCCAGAAUCUGUUGAAAUCUUCGCGUCGUGAUGAUAGUGACAGUUCGUCGGACAGUGAUGAUGACGAUGAUUCGUCCGAUUCGGAUUCCGAUGGUUCAUCAGACUCAUCGGACGAGGAAAACGCCAAUAUCACAAGCAAGUGUAGCGUGUGCGACAACCCCCAAAAUUCAAAUCAAAACAACAAACCCGAAUUAUUUGUGCACUGCUCGAAGUGUCGGCGGAAAGUCCAUCCCAGUUGCAUUGAAAUGUCGUCAAGGAUGACGCUACGCGUACGUGAAUACGAUUGGCAGUGUGCUGAGUGCAAGUGUUGCAUCAAAUGCAAACAGGAGGUGAAUGAGGACAAAAUGCUGUACUGUGAUCAAUGCGAUCGAGGAUAUCACAUUUAUUGCGUUGGCAUCAAAGCCGUACCGUCAGGCCGAUGGCACUGCGACAACUGUUCCAUAUGCAGCCUAUGUGGUACACGAAGCGCCGAAGGGUAUCCCAAUCUGAGUUUAACCAAACCGCAACGCCGAAAAUUGGCCGCAUCGGCCACAUGGAACCAUCAAUAUCGUGUGAACGAAUCGAACAGUGUGCGCGAACAUAUCGGUAUGUGGUGUGAGCCGUGUACGCGGCUCAAUGAAAAUACAUAACAAUAAAAAGAAAGUUUGUGUUGGACACCGAGAGAGAAUUUGUUAAAAUAAAAGAAUCCGGACGAUUCAAAAAAAAAUUGUGAAUUUCUUUAUGUGGCCGCGGAUAAGAAAAUGUGGACAUUCAGUGAGUGAUAAAAGGAAUGACGAUGAAGAUUAAACUUUGUUUGAAUUUUUCUCUUAAAUUUUGUAAUUGGAUUCUGUUCGUGGUGAAAGUGCAACCGUGACAAAAAGUACAUAAUGGAAAUAAGGACGUUGAUUCAAUGUGACACGAAUUGGGGAGAGACAACAUAGAAUUCUAUUAUAUUAACUGGACAUGUAAAACAAUGAGCAAAACGCGAUUAGAUGUAAGACUUAUUUUGUAAAUAAAUUGAAUAUUUAAUGCAAAGAAGAACUAAAGAGUUAAAAAGAAGAAGUAAAAUGAAAAAGUAUUUAUUGAUGAAACAAAAAAAAAACAUUUAUAGUGCGGGAGAGGUGUGGGGAGCUUUAAUGGAUUUACAAGAUUCAACAAAAUACGGGAAAUUAUCUUCUUCUUCGUCGGGUAUAUAUUUAAACGAUAAAGUGGCUGAUUAGUAAAUUAAAAGAAAAUUUGGUUUUUAGUUCUCUUCCGAAACAAAACUGAUUAAAGAGACACGACACCCAUUAAUAGAAGAAGAAGAAAUUUUCUUAGAAACAAAAAUUCUCUUCAAAAUUCAGUUAGACAUUUUAAGUGGCAAUUGAAUAUUACGAAAGAAGAUUU